GGCCUACAUACACUACAAAGGUCUAGUCUAAUACUUAAGCAAUCAACAAACGUCGCCACCAAUAGUUGAACAGAGUUGAACUUGUCUUUGCCUCACUAAACAAACAAACAAACGAGUUGCGUGGUGUAUGUUGCUGGUUGGUGCCCCGCCAUUUAGCGUUAGUCCCAGUGGAGGGGCUUUCUAUUGUGUACCACCAGUUGUAUACCAGUAGUAGUGGUAAAGCUGACAGACAGGGAGGGCACACUGACUGUAGUGGAGCCCAACUCAAUUACCAGCUUGGCGGCCCGAUCGGGUGGUCGUGGCAAUUGCUUGAUUGCAAUCAAAGGUAUGUAGAAAAAUGACCCGUUGGGUAGAAAAGACAAAAAUCUUUGGCUUUUUUCAUUGAUAAUUGAUAGUCACCGGUCAAUCGAGCCUUCUCAGCUGUCUGCCGUGUCAAUGAAAUGUAACUCGAAGUUUCCCUUUUGUUUCCGAUUCUGUCAAGCUUUUCAUAUGUGCCCAGAUCAAUUAACCAGUCGUCUGAUGUUUCCACACUUGUUGGGUGGAUGAGAUUCAGCACGGCAGUUUUCAUGGGAAAAUUAAAUUCCCAAGAAAUGAAGUGGUACCACUCGACGGAUCCUCCAAGUUCCCUUUAUCGGUCGGGGGUAACGCCACCCUCGCCCGUUUUUCUUGCGCUAAGUCUCAUUUCGCGCCCCAUCGCGACGGGAAUUUUUGAACCCCUAUUGUCAGCUGCAGGGAGAAAACGCCGCCGCUUCUUUCCUAGAACUCAUAUUUAGGACAUUCACUGCCUGCUGUUACGUUUGAUUUGAUUGACUUCAUUUGGUGCCUUCUUUUCUCUCCUUAUCGCUUCAGUGCUGCCCUGGAGAUUUGUUUCUUUUUUUGGCUGCACCGAAUCCAGAGAUAGUUUACAUUUUACUCUUUCCUUGAAGCCGAUUGAUCCGGUGUUAACGAUACCAUUUCACUCGACGCACCCGCAAAGAAAACCACAGCCCAACAUGCCGUCGCUCACACUCCCAACAUUCACACAAGCCGAGGUCGAGGCGCACAAUACCAACCAGUCUUGCUAUGUCACAGUCGGCCAAAAUGUUUAUGAUGUGACAGACUUUCUCGACGCCCACCCCGGCGGAGCCGAUCUAGUACUUGACUAUGCUGGAAAGGACAUCGGUGCUAUCCUCAAGGAUGAGGAUUCCCACACUCAUACUGAAGCCGCAUACGAGAUUCUCGAGGAGUCUUUGGUGGGCUUCCUCAAGUCUGAAAAGGGCGUUUCGAACGGAAAGGCGAAUGGCAACGGUGUCGUCAAGGGUUCAUCUAGCGGUGUCCAAACCCCUGAACUUGUGGAUGCCAAAGGACGACCAGUACAUCCCCGAACUGGAAUGUCGUGUGAAGAGGACCUGAACAAGGAGACGGACUACACGGGAGACUACAAGAAGCACAAGUUUCUCGAUCUCAACAAGCCAUUGCUAAUGCAAGUAUGGUUCGGGGGCUUCAGCAAAGAGUUUUACUUGGAGCAGGUCCACAGACCCAGGCAUUACAAGGGUGGCGAAUCUGCUCCUCUUUUUGGAAACUUCUUAGAGCCUUUGAGCAAGACGGCUUGGUGGGUGAUCCCCAUUGUGUGGCUGCCGCCAGUCACGUACGGAACAUACCUCGCCAGUCAGGGCAUCGAAAGCAAGCUCAACCUCGCGGCGCUCUGGUGCUCUGGCAUUGCUCUUUGGACGCUCAUUGAAUACGUCUUGCAUCGCUUCCUGUUCCACCUUGACGAGUACCUCCCAGACAACCGUGUGGCAAUUACCACCCACUUCCUCCUUCAUGGCGUCCACCACUACCUUCCUAUGGAUAAACUUCGUCUCGUGAUGCCCCCAACCCUGUUUUUCGUCCUGGCAUUCCCAUUCUGGAAGCUUGCACACACUAUCUUCUGGUACAACUGGCACGUCGGAACCGCCGUUUUCUGCGGUGGAAUCUUUGGCUAUGUCUGCUACGACCUCACCCACUACUUCUUGCACCACAAGAAUCUACCCCUGUGGUACAAGGACUUGAAGAAAUACCACCUUGAGCACCACUUCCUCGACUACGAGAACGGCUUUGGCGUAACCAGCCGCUUUUGGGACAGGAUAUUUGGGACGGAGCUUGUGCCUGUUGUCAAGACCAAGUGAAGUGGAAUAGGAUAUAGGAUAAAGCCACCGCGUCGUUUUUGGUGGUUGAUUUCUUGGUUACUUUUUUUCUUCCCCUGCACCUGUAUGUUAUUAAGGGCGGAUGCGUUUCUUUUCAAACUCUAGACAUUUUUCAGCUGUUAUGGCAGCUUAAUGAGAUACCAGGAAUACACUAAUAAUAACGAAAAACAUUGCAAGUAUCUCAAAUCAGUCUAAUUCAUAGGUCAGGCGACGGUACUGGUAGCUGGUAAUUA